CCAAUUGGCUUGCUAUGCCUAUUAACUGCCAAAGCUUACGGAGCAUCACGCGUGGUGAUAACGGAUGUCGUGGAGAGCCGAUUAAAAUUAGCUAAAGAACUUGGAGCGUUGGAAGCAAUCAACGUGAAGGACUUACAACCCAUCGAAGCAGCUCAAAGAAUUUGCAAAGCUUUCAAUGGUUUCACACCGGAUGCAGCUGUCGAGUGCAGUGGAGUGCCAGUCAGCACCGAGACCGCCAUGGUGGUAAUCAGGCUUUAG